AUGCCCAGUCAGACUGUGAGGGACGGUGCCGUCCUUCCAACAGAGAAGAGGUUUUCCUGUACUGAGUGCGGGAAGUGUUUCCAUUCUAAAUAUGGUCUUAAUGUGCAUAUAAGAUCUCACACAGGAGAGAAGCCAUAUUCCUGUCCUGAGUGCGGGAAAUGUUUUUCACAGAAGUCCAGUCUAGACACACAUCAGAGAUCUCACACGGGGCAGAAGCCGUAUUCUUGUCUUGAGUGUGGGAAAUGUUUUUUGCGUAAGUCCAAUCUUUCCACACAUCAGAGAUCUCACACAGGGGAGAAGCCACAUUCCUGUCCUGAGUGUGGGAAAUGUUUUUUGCGUAAGUCCCAUCUUUACACACAUCAGAGAUCUCACACCGGGGAGAAGCCGCAUUCCUGUCCUGAGUGCGGGAAAUGUUUUUCAAAUAAGUACAAUCUUUCCACACAUCGGAGAUCUCACACGGGGGAGAAGCCGUAUCCUUGUCCUGAGUGCGGGAAAUGUUUUUCAGGGAAGUCCAAUCUUUACACACAUCGGAGAUCUCAUGCGGGGGAGAAGCCGCAUUCCUGCCCUGAAUGUGGGAAAUGUUUUUCAGAGAAGUUCAAUCUUUACACACAUCAGAGAUGUCACACGGGGGAGAAGCCGUAUUCCUGUCCUGAGUGCAGGAAAUGUUUUUCACACAAGUCCAAUCUUUACACACAUCAGAGAUCUCACACAGGAGAGAAGCCGUAUUCCUGUCCUGAGUGCGGGAAAUGUUUUUCAGUGAAGUCCCAUCUUUACACUCAUCAGAGAACUCACACGGGGGAGAAGCCGUAUUCCUGUUUUGAGUGCAGAAAAUGUUUUUCAGACAAGUCCCAUCUUUCCAGACAUCAGAGAUCUCACACGGGGGAGAAGCCA